AUGGAGCUGCCGGACCGAUGGAGGGAUCGGCUGCAGACUCCGAACCCAAAGAGGAGGAGCAAGAGGAGGGGGCGGCCACGGCCACAGGACCCACAGGAAUGGCAAGACUGUGCCUCAGAGCAUGAGGACGCCCAGGCCACCGAGGCCACCGAGGCCACCGAGGCUGUCGAGGCUGAGACGGUGCCGGUGCCCGGAGAGUCUCCGGACCCUGGUCCUUCGCGGCCGCUCUUGCCCUCGCUCGCCUCCGCCAGUGAUGCGAGCCAUCGCAUCUGGCGGAAGCCCCAUCGGAAGUGCCGGGAAGAGACGGACGAGACGAAAGAGUGGUAUCUGCACAAACGCCACGUCCUGGUCUUCACCUACAGUGGGAAGCCGGUCUAUUCCCGAUACGGAGAGGAGGACGGUCUCAGUGGCACCACUGGGGCCUUGUCGGCGAUCGUGUCCAAGAUGGCGAAGUUCUUCUUCAACGGCACCUCUUCCAGCGACUGCUUGAGGUAUAUGUUGGCUGGCGAUCACGUCUUUGCCUUCUUGGAGAAGGGCCCAUUGUGGUUAGUGUGCAUUUCCUGCACCGGGGACCUCUAUGCUGACUUGGUGGGCCUUCUUGAGCGUGUGCAUAUGCAAAUCAUCACCAUCCUGACGGCGGGCAUUGAGAAGACCUUGGUGAACCGGCCCAACUACGACAUGCGAGGUUUGCUCGGAGGUACUGAACAAGUGGUGAACAAUAUCAUUCGAUGGUGCGCACAGGACAUGCUCUUGCAAUGCGAGGGCGUCGAGCCACUGCCUUUGCCUCCGAGCAUUCGCGCCAUCGCGGCGGAGGCCCUGAAAUCUGCUCGACUGCCAAAUGUCCUCUUCGCAUUCUUAAUGGCAGGACAGCGUCUGCUGGCGGCGGUCUCCAACAGGCAAUUCCAGAUGAGCUCGCUGAACUUAGGGAUGGUGGUGAACAUCAUCAUGUCCUCAGCAUCCUUGCGAACGGGCGAGUCCUGGAUCCCGGUCUGCCUGAGCCGCUACAACGACAAGGGCUUCGCCUAUGCCUACAUUUCCUUCAUCGAAGGAUCUGAAAUCGGAGUCGUGUUCCUUUCCACGGCAUCGGAUGGUGAGCAGUUCUAUGCCAUAUCGCAGCAAGCAGCUGCUGUCAAGGAGACCUUGCAGCAGCUGGGGGAGCCUGACUGCUGGGUGGGAUGGAUCGCCAAUGAAGCCGCCCCCCCCAACGAAGCCAAUCUAUUGCUCAGGGAGGCGACUUCCAAGACGGAGGCGACUUCUGAGACGCAGGUAUGCCUUUUUCGACUCCUAUUUCGGAGUCGAACUCCGCUUGAAGGAGUUGUCCUUCAGAUCCCCCCCAGAUCCCCCGCUCGGAGCAUGGUUGAUGACUCCAAGUAG